CGUGUGUUGGCAUGGACCAGUGCGUCAACGGCUGUUGCCUCACACGAACCGCCGAAAUUAUAGUUAGUGACCCCCCAACGGAUACUGCGAAAUAUACUCUCGCUGGCGUCGCCGUAGCGAGACGGAACUGCCACUUUCAUAGCUCUCGCCGGGGACGAAGAUGAUCCGAGGGCGCCGCUAACGAGCCGCCGAAGGGGUCCUUCGGGAUCAUCUAAGGGGGUACCCCUACGUCGUAGAUAAUUCUCCGGGCUCCUCUCUCGCCGAGGCACGAGAUAUCGAGAGGCGGCGGGGGUUCAUUCGAGGCUGCUGAUAGAGCUCGUUCGAGUGAAGUGCGCACGAGGAUGACGGUGUAGAGCCGCGCGGUGAUGAAAACAUUCGUUCUUCGAGCCGUGAUCGGACUGCGUCCAAGAGUGCGUGAUCAUGCGGGAGUUUCAGUGUCGAGCGACGACGAACGUGUGAUACCUUGUGGCUCUCGAUAAUCGAAAGAGAGAGAGAGAGAGAAAGAGAGAGAGAGAGAGAGAGAGAGAGAGAACGCGAGUGAAGGAAGAUUUUGAGAAAGAGGAUAUAUGUAUAUACCUUUGACUUCCCGACUUGCCGACGCGAUCGUUCGUCUUGUGGAAAGACAGCUUCUGGGAAACUGCGGGUUUUCAACGUCAUUCACCGAGGUAGCCACGAUGUGUAACGCAACUGCGAUGUUAGCAACUAAAAUUAGAAGAAUCGUAGAGCAAGAAUAGAAGGAUAAAAGAGAAAUUGUCCGAAAGGCUGAUACUAUGUCGAACGCCAUGCAGACUUCCGCAGAUAUCAAGAGCGGAGGAACACAUAGCUCGCCGUCGGCGAGCUCGCAGUGCGAUGCUGCAUGACUCCAUGGGAGUGCCCGAGAAGAAUCCUCACCUCAAGCCGAACGUUCGUCUCACCGCCAACGUCAAGAAGGAAAGCUAAUAGGAUCGACGACUCGCCCAUAAGCCACUUUCGUCUCGGGACUCGGGAAAAGGAUCCGCAGCUGCGCCAAGGAUGUCAGGCCGUUGAGCCUGGUCUCAGAGGCUACGCGCUCUCGAAGGAUGCUCACGAGACACAGUUGGUUCAGCGACUGAACCGAAUGGAAGGAUGUUCCAUCCGGCGUUCUGACUGCCUAUGGAUAUAUUCGGCCGUUGCAACGGCGGCGGCAGCGGAAGCACGGUAGCCGGAAGCGGUGCCGGCCCGGUGAGGACGUCCAGCAACGAGUCCGCUGGUGCUGGUGGCGGCACGUCGAGCGGUACCAGCGAGAGCGGUAGCGCGAGCGGCAGGAUGCAGCUGACAGGAGCCUCGGCUCCUGGCGCGGCCGCCUCGCCGGAGUCGGGCGUUUCUCCGUUGACCGACGCCUACACCAAGAUGACCAGCGACAUCCUCGCCGAGAGGACUCUGGGCGACUUCGUCAGUGAGCAUCCCGGCGAGCUGGUCAGAACAGGGUCGCCGCACUUGGUCUGCACCGUCUUGCCCGCGCAUUGGAGGUCCAACAAGACCCUGCCGGUAGCAUUUAAGGUCGUGGCUCUCGGCGAGGUGGGCGACGGCACGCUGGUGACCGUUCGCGCUGGCAACGACGAGAACUGCUGCGCCGAGCUCAGAAAUUCGACGGCUCUGAUGAAGAACCAGGUCGCCAAGUUCAACGACUUGAGGUUCGUCGGCAGAAGCGGCAGAGGCAAGAGCUUCACCUUAACGAUAACGGUGUCGACGACGCCGCCUCAAGUCGCCACCUACAGCAAAGCCAUCAAAGUGACGGUGGACGGGCCGCGCGAACCGCGAUCCAAGACCAGUGAGUAUCACUUGCUGUCUCUUUUAGGGCAGCAACAACAAUUUCACGCCUUCGCAUUCGCCUCGCAACGAGGCGGCCCGUUCUUCGCCUCGCCUCUGGUGGAUCCGCUGCAACCUCUGCCGAAUCCGUUGCAACCGUUACCGAAUCCGCUGCAGCCGAGGGAUCCGUUGUCUUCCUUUAGACACGCGAUGCCUGGCAAUUGUCAGAAUAUGUCCCAGUUCGGCCUGACAGCGAGCAAUUCUUGGGGUUACGGCAGCACGGCCGGCUACGCCGGCUACCUUCCGGGUCCCUUGUCGUCGUGCGCCGCACAGGCGUCAUUUCCACCCCCGCCGCCACCCCCUCCGCCACCUCCGCCGUCGUCUACGUUGGCGUCCUUCGCGGGUACGGCCUCCAUGAGCACACCGACGGCACCGGACUCGACGGCGGGCUCGGCCGUCACAUCCGGCACCGGAACGGGCUCCACGCCGCAGCAGGACGCCUUCUCCGCGGUCUCCUCUCUUGUGCCGGACACCACGACACCGGGCCAGUCCGAUCCGUUGGACCCGCUGAGCAGCCUCAUGUCCGGCGGUUCGAGCCAGUCCAGGUACCAGGACUACGUGUCGCCCCGCUCUCUGUCCACCGACUCCAGCACGACCGAGAGCCCGGUGCACGAAGAGCAAGGCUUCGGGCAGAAUUACGGCAAUUACUUCCCGACGCCGGGCGUGCUGCCUA